GAGCUUCAAUCCCCUCGCUCGCUCUCUCUGUUCCUUGCAUUUUUUUCACACAGUAGUGUUCGAUUCUGCCAUGGCGAUAUCUCUGCAACUCUGCCGCGUGUCUCUCCGUACGGACCUCUUCUCUCCGUCAUCGGAGAGCCUCACCUCGCGCCGGAAGCCUUUCUUCGUUCGAUGUUCUGCCGGGGCCGAGCGUUCAGCUUCUGUCGCCGCCGGGGAUUCGAAUUUUGAUGCGAAGGAGUUUCGUAAGAACUUGACUAGAAGCAGCAAUUAUAAUCGGAGAGGGUUUGGUCACAAGGAGGAGACUCUCGAGCUCAUGAAUCGCGAGUAUACGAGUGACAUUAUCAAGAAAUUGAAGGAGAAUGGGAAUGAGUAUACAUGGGGCAAUGUUACUGUGAGACUGGCGGAAUCUUAUGGAUUUUGCUGGGGUGUUGAGCGGGCUGUUCAGAUUGCUUAUGAAGCAAGAAAACAGUUUCCCAAUGAGAAGAUUUGGAUUACCAACGAAAUCAUACACAAUCCAACUGUUAACAAGAGGUUGGAGGAUAUGCAAGUUAAGAACAUUCCCAUUGAGGAGGGGACUAAACAAUUUGAUGUUGUUGAUAAGGGUGACGUUGUGAUUCUACCUGCUUUUGGAGCUGCAGUUGAUGAAAUGCGGGUACUGAAUGAAAAAAAUGUGCAAAUUGUUGAUACAACUUGCCCUUGGGUAUCUAAGGUUUGGAACACUGUUGAGAAGCACAAGAAAGGAGAUUACACUUCUAUUAUUCAUGGAAAAUAUGCUCACGAGGAGACUGUAGCAACUGCAUCUUUUGCAGGAACGUAUAUUAUUGUGAAGGAUAUGAAAGAGGCGAUGUAUGUGUGUGACUACAUUCUUGGUGGUGAACUUAAUGGUUCUAGCUCAACUAAAGAGGAGUUUCUAGAGAAAUUUAAAUUUGCUGUUUCCAAGGGGUUUGAUCCUGACAGAGACCUAGUAAAAAUUGGCAUUGCUAAUCAGACAACAAUGCUUAAGGGAGAAACAGAAGAGAUUGGGAAGUUGGCAGAGAGAACUAUGAUGCGCAAGCAUGGAGUAGAAAAUAUCAAUGACCACUUUGUGAGCUUUAACACAAUUUGUGAUGCUACGCAAGAGCGACAAGAUGCAAUGUACAAGCUUGUAGACGACAAAAUUGAUCUCAUGUUAGUGGUUGGGGGUUGGAACUCAAGUAACACCUCUCACCUUCAAGAAAUUGCAGAGGACCGUGGAAUUCCCUCUUAUUGGGUCGACAGUGAGCAGAGAAUAGGCCCAGGAAACAUAAUUUCUUAUAAGUUGAUGCAUGGGGAGCUGGUUGAGAAAGAAAAUUGGCUACCUGAGGGCCCCAUCACAAUCGGGGUAACUUCUGGUGCCUCUACCCCUGAUAAGGUUGUUGAAGAAGUCCUUAUCAAGGUGUUCGACAUCAAACGCGAGGAAGCCUUGCAAUUAGUGUAAAAAGACCGCAGUUUUUACCUCUAGGCUCUAACAUACAAUCCAGUUGGCAAGCCACAGGAUGUAUGUUAUACGGUCCCAUAUGCACUUGAAUUUAUAUUGAUCUACUGUAGAGUUCAUGCUUAAUGUGGCUCACAUUGAUAUCAUACAUGAGAAAUAUUAACCUGCAUGGAUUGAGUAAAAAGUUAAUAAAUACUGGCGUUGCUUGUUAUGAGCACUUUUUUUUUUCCUUUCUGGGAUAUAGUAGUUUGAGCCUUUUAGGCAUGUAAUUUUGCAUAUGUACAAUAUUGUACAUAAUACCUGGAGGUUCUAUUGUCUAGUGUUUGUUUCCCUUUCU